UUAAGCUACAGCGGUGCACAGGCAAAACAAAACUAAAAAAUGCAGGAAGCAGACGCACAUAAAGCGCGCAUAACGCAAAUCGAGGAGUUCAUCAACGAUGUGCUUAAAGAGGAUCUCAAGCAGCUGGAGCACCAUCUCAAUCUGUUCAACGAGGAGAUCAUGGAGUAUGUACAGUUAAAGAAUACACUGCAAACCUUUGGCGACCAUAUGCCGGCUGGCUACAAAACGCAGGUGAACAUUGGCAGCAACAUUUUCAUGCAGGCGCGCGUCAAACAAAUGGACAAAAUCCUGGUUAACGUAGGCAAGGAGGUGUAUCUGGAAAUGAGCAUGGACGAGGCGAUACGCUUCAGUGAUGUGCGCAUCAAAAUUCUAACCAAACAGGCGGAUGUGGUGCGCGAGGAGAGCGUCAAGAAGCGCUCUCAAAUCAAGAUGGCUCUCAUAGCGAUCAGCGAGCGGGAAAAGCUGCUGCAGCAACAGGAUGACAGAUAACGGGCGUUGGCUUAGCUGUUGUCCUAAUGUGAUAAAAGGAAAAAAAACGAUUACGUGAAAUGAACCGAUUUGAAUGAGUAAAAUUGAA